AUGCAGAAUGGGAUAGAUUAUGUUGUGGUAGAGAAGGAAAGCUCCCCAAGAGAUCGCAAUUGGGGAGUCACCAUCGCCUGGAGCCACCCGUUGCUUGCCAAGUUACUGCCCGAAGAUCUGUACAAGCGACUGCCAGAGUGCCAGCCGGACCCGGGUCUUGAUACAAAGGCAGCCGGGUGCGAGAGUGUGAUCAUUCGUGAUGGGCAGACAGGCGCUACGAUUGUGGAACCGCGUUUUCCGGGUGUCAGGAGGCUCAAUAUCCAGAAGACGAGGACUAUCUGGGCAGAAGGGCUCAAUGUCAAGUUUGGCAAGACGGUCACAGAUAUCCAACUUACUUCAGAUGGAGUGGAAGCACGCUUCCACGACGGUACCUCGGAGUCAGGCUCGGUGCUCGUCGGCAGUGACGGCGGUGGCUCAUGGGUUCGCCGCUGGAUGUUGGGCGACCUUGCAUCUCCACGGGUGCUGCCUUACACAUUCCUGAAUUUCCCGUUCCGCUACACACCAGAGCGAGCAAUCAAGAUGGACAAGAUGAUGAACCCCUUCGUCGAUGUCGGAGCUCAUCCGAAGUCGAUGUACGUCGGCAUAUUCUUGCUAGACAAGCCUGAUUUGCAGAAGCCCGAAACCUGGGUCUUCUAUAUCCUCGCAACCUGGGCAAAGCAGGAUUCGGACUACGUUGAAGGGAAGAACAUGGUCGACGAGCUGCGACGGAGAAUGGACGACUGGGCAGACCCUUACAAGUCGGCCGUGGAGUGGAUACCAGAGGAUACACGUGCGAAAGCCGUGCCGCUCAGGGUCUGGGGUCCUCCCGAGACCGGCUGGGACAAUCGAGAUGGCAGAAUCACUCUGGCGGGAGACGCCGCUCACAGCAUGACGUUCCACCGUGGCCAGGGCGCGAACAACGCAAUUUGCGACAGUGAGAAAUUCGUUUCAGCCAUGAUUCAAGUUCAAAACGGGGAGAAGUCCCUGCCGGAGGCGGUCAACGAGUAUGACGCGGACGUAACAAGCCGAGGGAGAACAGAAGUCGAAGUAUCCACGGUCCAGACCGAUGCUUUUCAUGACCACGCAAAAUUUCUCGAUAGUCCGGUCGUAAAGCAUGGGAUCAAGCCGAUGAGUAAUGUCGUGAAGUAA